CAGAAAUCGAAAUAGAAGAUUUAAAAACUUAAGACGCCAUUAAUACAAUAAAAAAGAGUAGAAGAUGAGAGCAUAUGAUUCUUUUGGCUGCUCCCCACACUGUCACUGACCUCACUUUCUUUUCUGCUUUGUCUUUUUUUUAUCUUCCAUUCUCACUCUCUCUGCACAUUUUUACACUCCCCCCCAUAACCCUUCACACCCAUUUACCCAUUUUCUCCAAAGUUCACUUUUCAUCAAAACCCACUUUCAAAAAUAGGGUUUAUUUUAUCUCCAUUCCCAAAAGUUUUUCAUUUUUUUUUGUUUUGGGUGUGUGUUCUUGAAUGUAGUAGCAAAUGGGUUUAAUGGGCAAGAAAAAAAUCAGUAAUGUGUUUGUUUUUUUUAUUAUGAUCUUGCUUUUUUUUAGUUACAGUGUUUCUUCAGCUCCUCUCUCAGCUUCUUCACCUGCAAAGAUUGUUAGUGGGUUCUUUCAAAAUGCGGUCUCUAUGUUCAUGAAAUGGGUUUGGUCACUCAAAGCCACUACUAAAACAGCGAUUGCUGGCCGUCCGAUGAUGAAGUUUGAGAGUGGGUAUAAUGUGGAGACAGUGUUUGAUGGAAGCAAACUUGGAAUUGAGCCUUAUUCUGUGGAGAUUUUGCCUAAUGGGGAGCUUUUGAUUUUGGACUCUGCUAAUAGUAACAUUUACAGAAUAUCUUCUUCAUUGUCGCUCUACAGCAGACCUAAGCUGGUUGCUGGAUCCCCGGAAGGAUACUCUGGACAUGUUGAUGGGAAGCAUAGGGAUGCAAAAAUGAACCAUCCGAAGGGGGUUACAGUAGAUGAUAGAGGAAAUAUUUAUAUUGCAGACACCAUGAAUAUGGCAAUCAGAAAGAUUAGCGAUUCAGGAGUUACAACAAUUGCUGGAGGUAAAUUGGGCCGUGGAGGGAGCCAUGUCGAUGGAGCAAGUGAAGAUGCAAAGUUCUCUAAUGACUUCGAUGUGGUUUAUAUCGGAAGCAGUUGUUCCCUACUUGUUAUAGACAGAGGAAACCAAGCUAUUAGAGAGAUCCAACUCCAUUUUGAUGAUUGUGCUUAUCAAUAUGAAAGUGGUUUCCCCCUUGGGAUUGCAGUGCUUUUAGCAGCGGGCUUUUUUGGUUACAUGCUGGCUUUGCUGCAACGCAGAGUGGGGACAAUUGUUUCGUCUCAGAUUGAUCAAGAUAUAAUGAAAACAAGCAUGUCAGGAAGUCCAUAUCAGAAGCCUCUUAAAUCGGUUAGGCCACCUUUAAUUCCAACUGAAGAGGAGCAGGAGAAGCACGAAGAAGGCUUCUUUGGAUCCCUCGGGAAGCUUUUUGCCAAUGCGGGGACAUCUGUUGUUGAAAUUUUAGGAGGAAUUUUUCCCGGUUUCAGGAAAAAGCCGAUACACUAUCAAUACCAAAGCCAGCAGCAGAAGCACUCUAGCACUUGGCCCGUUCAGGAUAGCUUUGUGAUACCAGAUGAAGAUGAGCCUCCUUCAGUUGAAACCAGAACUCCAACACCGAAGAAAACGUAUGCAUUCAUGUCCAAAGACGCAGAAAAAGUGAAUCAGUGGCGGCAAGGUCGGGCUUUCUAUAGUGGGUGGGAUGAUGAUCUUAAGCAGCAGCCCCAGCAGCAGCAGCAGUACCACCAGCAACAGCAGCCCCAGCACAGCCAGCAGCAGCAGCAGUACCACCACCACCAACAGCAGCAGCAGCAGCAAAAACACCAGCAUCAUCACCGGUCUCAAUCCUCGAUCCCUCACACUUACUACGAGCAGAGCCAUGAGAAAACUAACGAGAUUGUGUUUGGGGCAGUUCAGCAGGAUCAGAAGCAUGAAGUCAUCAAGCCUGUCGAUUAUGGAGAUUCUAUUUACAAUCACCAUAAUCUUCGUUCUCGAUACAAUUCUAUGGGGUACGCUAAUGGGUAUUAAUCAUAUAGAAGAGAUUUUGGGUAUGGAAUUAAUCAUUAUAAAUUUAGGAUAUAGGUAUCAACAUUUAUUGUGAGGAGAUGAAGGAUUUGUUAGAGCUGCUUUAGUAACUUGAAAAGGUUUAUUAUUUGUGGUAAAAUGUUGUAAGCCUGUUGCAUAAAGUGGCGCUUCUAUAAUACUGGUGGAAGAAAUGAAGCAAAAUCUGCAAUUUUUUUUGCCUA